AUGGAGCAAGUUGUGGUGAUUGUUGGUGCCGGACCGUCUGGUCUCGCAACAUCUGCAUGCUUGUCGGUUCACUCCAUCCCUCAUGUGAUCCUCGAAAGAGAAGACGUUUAUGCUUCUCUUUGGAAGAAACGAGCGUAUGACCGGUUGAAGCUUCACUUGGCCAAAGAAUUCUGUGCUUUGCCGUUCAAACCACACUCACCAGAUAGCCCUACUUACAUACCAAAAGACAUGUUCGUCGACUACCUCGAUGACUACGUCAAAAACUUCAACAUCCAACCCCUGUACCGCCGAUCCGUCGAACUGGCUUUCUACGACAAAGCCACCGGGAAAUGGCGGAUCGAGGCCAAGAACAUGGAGUCCGGCGCCGUCGAGGUUUACGUCGCGGAGUUCUUGGUUAUAGCUUCUGGUGAAAACAGUGCCAAGUACGUCCCGGACCUGCCCGGGUUGGAUACUUUCAAAGGCGAAAUCAUCCACUCCAACGAGUACAAAUCCGGUGACAAGUACAAAAACAACGAAGUUUUAGUUGUCGGAUGUGGCAAUUCGGGGAUGGAGAUAGCUUACGAUGUCUCAAAUUUCGGGGUCCCGACGUCCAUUGUCAUACGAAGCCCCUUUCAUGUGGUGACCAAAGAGAUCGUGCGGAUAGGGAUGGUGUUCUCCAAGUACAUCCCGAUUCGCAUCGUGGAUUUCAUGGCCGUAUGGAUGUCGAAGAUAGUGUUCGGAGAUCUGUCCAAGUACGGGAUCCAUAAGCCAAAGGAAGGUCCUUUCUUUCUCAAAGCAACAGCCGGGAGAGCUCCGGUGAUUGAUGUUGGAACCAUCGGCAAGAUUAAAUCUAAAGAGAUAAAGGUCGUUCCAGCGAUAUCAAAAAUCGAUGGGAAGAAGGUGAUAUUCGAGGACGGUGUCGAAAGAAAAUUUGAUGUGAUAAUUUUUGCAACGGGCUAUAGAAGCGCCACUAAUAAGUGGCUCAAGGACUAUGACUAUGCUCUGAAUGAAGAGGGGAUGCCUAAGAAUAAUUUCCCACACCACUGGAAAGGAGAAAAUAACCUCUACUGUUGCGGCUUAUCAAGGAGGGGACUGUUAGGUGUGUCGAUGGAUGCCGUGAUCAUUGCCAAUGACAUUAAGAAAGUCGUCGGAGAAAAAAAGAACAAGUGAAAACGGUGCUUCUUGGAGCUUCGUCUAUAAGUCUCUUGCUGGGAUUUAGGGU